UACCUUCCAGCUUCGCUUCAUUGACAAAACGCCGGCUAGAGCAACGAGCGGGGGUGAGCCACCCUCUCUGUAAGGUAAGGGAUCGUGAAUUGCUCCUCAUGACCCCUCAGGUGUGCUUCGAAUUGGACUCGUAGAGAGAGGCUUGGCUAUUUCGAAUGCCUUGUAUCGCGGCUUCGUUCGCGCCAAGAGUCAAGAUAGAUUUAUUAGCAGAAGUUCCUCGUGAGCAUGAAUACAUCGGCAGAAUUGUCACCUCGUCGCCGGAGGAGACGGUUUUUGGUCGGCUACGAUGAAGGAGAUCUUUCCGUGAAGAGAGAACCCGAUGAUGAUAUAAAGGACUACGCAGAAAACACGAUGAAUGAGCUACUUGGCUGGUAUGGUUACGAAAAGGUUGACAGCCGCGACACGCAAGGACUGAAUCUGACUCAUUUCGCUUCAAACAACAACUCUGGGCCUGGUGGUAGCAACCACAGCAAUCAGACCAACGGUUUUUCACCACCUUCUUCUGCCAUGGAAGGCAGCGAUGCUUCGGAAGACGUCGCAUCGCACCACGGUGGUCUAGAAGGCGUUUCUUCUAGACUCAGGCCUGACAGCGUUAGUCCCGGUCCCGACGCAUCCGCAGCUUCCGAUGAAGUGGCGAGGCAACAUCAGCAAAUGGUGUCGGCCCUCUCGUCAAUAACGAAACAUCCUGGAGCACCUGAUUCACCGAACCUACCACCUGGAUGCAUAGUAUGUGCAUGGUGUCAAAAAGUUGGCAUGAAGUUAUUCACUUUAAAGACUCCGAACGGAUGCAAGGCCUUUUGCAGUGAAUUGUGUUUUACUCAGUGCAGAAGAGCAUCUUUUAAGAAAAACAAAAUCUGUGAUUGGUGCAAACAUGUCAGACAUACUGUAAAUUACGUGGACUUCCAAGACGGUGAGCAGCAGUUACAGUUUUGUAGUGAUAAGUGCUUGAAUCAAUAUAAGAUGAAUAUAUUUUGCAAAGAGACUCAAGCGCAUUUGCAAAUGCAUACACACCUUAAAGAAGCUGCAUGUAAGAUAGCAGCUGGAAGCUCCGUUAAUUUAAUAACUCCAGAACUUUGGCUUCGGGACUGUAAAACAAAUGGAAACUCAACUUCUCCCCAUGAGACUGUUGAUGUCAUAGAAGACAUUAAUUCGGAUGAUAAUCUUUCUGCUGCUCCGUCUCCGAAUGUGAUUUCCGAAUCUCCUCUACCCGUUACUCCACCUUUAAAAGAGAAAACUGAGCACGUCGUAGAAAGUUUACAUACUCCAAAGGAAAAAGACACUCUUCCGAAGGAAAAAGUCCCUAAAAAGCACUCUUCAAAGCAUUCACCAAAGAAAAGCUUUGGAGAGCCUAGGUUGUACCCGCCUAUGAAACAUCAUCGUGACAAAAGACCAACUGAUACACAACUGCCAAGUGAGAACGUCCCAAAUAAUCGUCACUCUCCCAGUCAUGCAACUCCACCUCCUCUUCCACGCAGCAAUCAAAUUACUAAUGGUUCACAUUCGCUUUUAUCUUCCCCGCCCAUGCCAAGGCAUCCACAAUCUCACAUUGGUCCUCCUCCAAAUCGUCACUGCCCACCAGUACCUUCUCCUCUUCCUGUCAACAACAUGGAACAUGGAAGACACUUCCUUCCACCUAACAUGAUGGCUCCACCCUUUCAGUUCUUCGCCCAACAGCACAUGGAAGCUAUUCUCCGUUCUCAACAUGGAUUAGAUCUGAGAUCAAAAGUGCCACCACCGUUGCCAAUGCCUCCGUGGGUGAUGCCGCCUUUCCCACCAGCUCCGCCGCCACCACAUCCUCACCUCCCACCGCCAAUGUCUUCAAGAAGUCCAUCGCAGUCGCAUUCUUCUCCACCAUCGCGUGGUCACGUGCAUACUCCAUCCCAUAAAUCAACCCACCAUGCGAGGCAUAAGCAUAACAAACAUGGUACUACAAAUUCGAACAAUCCUACAUCUCUUCCACCGAAAACCACACCAUCUGUGUCUGAGUCGCAGCUUCCUUCUUCACUUCUCCCCCCUGUGACGGUAAUGGUGCCCUUCCCGUUAGUUCUUCCCUUACCAUUACCGAUUCCGGUGCCUAUUCCAAUUCCUCCGAGUGUUAUGGAUAAAUUCAAAAGAAGCCAAGAGCAACAGAAAAUAGUUGAGGAACAUUUAGAUUCCUCAACACAGAAACUUCACCACCAGAAGAAACAAAAGAGCAAUCACGAUUCUUCAAAGCAUCGGAAGAAACUCAGACUAUCUGAAAAUGGGGAAAGAGACCUUAGGUUUCCUCUUUAUGAACCAGAAAUGCGCGCGCAGCUUAUUGCAAAUGCAGAAAACUUUCUUGAACGUUCAGAAAAUUUGUCUUUCAAAUCUUCAGAAAUUACCUCUGUAAAUGUCCCCGUAAGUGAAAAACCACAUAAAUUUUUACGAAGAGACAUUGAUCUUGAAUCUGGAAGCUACUCGCCACUUUCUGAUAUAAUUAGCAGUGAUGAUGGUGAGGAAAUGAGAAGAACUUUGAAAAACAGUGACUCGAAUCAUUUUUCGAAUUUCAAUUUCUCAAGUUACAACCUUAACUUAUUAAGAUCUAGUCCGUCUGUUGUUUCGCAAACAACAGGCCAUCAUUCACCCAAAACGUUGAAUGAAAAUGAGGUAUACUCGACCUGUCCAUCGCCUGCUAAUUUAACUGUAAGUGAUAAAAAGCGUAGCAAUAUGUCUUCCGACCCACUUAACUUCAAAAAGAAACAUUUACGUGAGCAGUUAAGUCUUAUGACAUAAGACUAUAAAUGUUAAAUAAUUGUGAUGUUAUGUAUA